AUGCCACCCGAAAGACUGAUCGAGACCAAAGCUCAGAAAGCCUGCCGCCACUGCCGUCUCCAUAAGCGGAGAUGUGACAAGCGUUUACCUAGAUGCUCGCGAUGCUCCUUAAAACUCCUCAGAUGCGAAUAUGACGACAAGGCGCCGAUUGAAGAGACGGAACCAGAUACCAAGCUGCUGUGGAGCGAGCACCUGGCCAUCAAACGAGACUCUUGCGGCCUCGAAUUGACUCCAGCAGGCGAGAAGCAGCUCCUAUGGAUCGCUUGCCAGACUCAAGAGCAGCAUUCCGAUCAAGUUGACACCAAGUCGUUGAUGAGCCUGGUCAGCGACAUCUUCAAGUAUGGCGACACCUCCGCGGAGCAAGUCUCGAAUAGGUACUUUGCCACAGCCCAUCACUGGAUACCCAUUGUAGACGCACCAAGGUUCAAGUUCACUCUUGGAGUCAAUCGAAUCUAUACGGAACUCUACCACGAUUCCUUCGCAUUGCUACUGUUGUGCAUGCUCCUGAUGAAUCAACAACCCUGCUACCACCCCAAUCACACCCCCAACAGCGCGCUCUAUCGAACCACAAGGCGGCUAUUCUCUCUCCUCAACACGCCUACAACUGACACAUAUUCCCUCGCAAGGCUGCAAGCAGGUCUGCUACUGUCUGCGUACGAGUGUGGGCACGGGAUGGCCAGAGAGGCUAGCUCAACAUUGGCAUCGUGUUUUGGCCUCAUCAGGCAGCUGGACAUGAUCGCCGUGCAGAAUAAAGCCGAGAAUGGGCAUGGGUACAAAGACACCCAAGAGCCCGAUAGAAGGCUGUGCUGGGCCAGCAUCGUCUUUUUAGAUCGCUCCGUCGUUCUUUCAUGUGCAGACAACACCGCUGCGCUUCUUAUUCCGAGCAGUGCAAUCUUGCCUCAGGAUGCUGUUCCCUACAUGAAUAAAGACAAGUACGCUCUUAUGAAUACGGCGACCAAGUUCCAAACAAGAGCCUACUCAGCCCUCUUAAUCGGCGAGGCUAUAAAGGCCGUCCACGGGGAGUCAUAUCCCGUUUGCGAAGGCGUAACCAUGGCUCUUAGCGCCGUCGUAUCAGCCUACAGGAAUAGGGCAAAGCGCCUUGGGUGGUCUGCUGCCCCCGACGCAAAGCUCAACCUCGACCUCCAAUUUGCCUACAACAUAGUGUUCGAAAUGUGCCGAGUUGAAGGCCUCAUCAUGGGGAAGAGAGAUACAUCUCUCAACAGAAUGUGUUUUUCUGGGCUGGGUUGUCUCUACCGCGCAGCAGUAGACCUGGUCGAGGUCUACCCCACGAGGGCCGUGCCUGAAGACGUCAAACAACUACGGGAAAAUCUAGAGUGGUUCUCAGGCCAUUGGAAGGUAGCAGAUGUUUUGCUACAGCGGCUGAAUCGGAACGUCAAGAUAAGGUCCUUAGACGUUGCUCUAGUUUUUCAUAGAUAA